ACCAACCAAAGCAAAGAACUUUAGAAACCCAGAGUCGAGCGUAAUUCCUCUCUGUCCUCACAACCAAAGCAAAGAAUAACAGAAAUCAGUGACAUUUUGCCCUAUAAAAUUAACACCAAAAAAGCUAAAGCUUCAGUCCUUGUAUUGGAGACUGGAAACACACCCCCGCUCACCUCUCUCUCUCUCCCUCUCUCACAAAGUUUUAAACAUUUAACAUGAUUUCAUCACUACCCAGUAUUUAAUCACCACACCCACAUGCUUAUAGCUUUAAGAAAAUCCAACCCAUUUCUCAGUUUUUAAUUAGUCCCUCGCUUACAAGUUCAAGGUGUCAGAAUAGAUAUCCAAGGUAUAUUAGAGAAGCUGUGAGAUAAGAGAGAGAAGAGCAAGUUUUUUUUUCUUUUUUUUCCCUUCUUGGAGUUUAAGAGCCUGGGAAAUGGUGAGAAACUGAAUUGAAUUCAAUUGAAUCGAGUUUGUUUGCGUUGGAGGGUGAUUUAGUAUUGGAUGGAUUUGAUGGGAGGUAUGUUUUUAUGUACAAAAACUAGGCUGAAACGGUGGGAUUUUGAUCACAGAAGAAGACAACAUCAAUGUCCACAAAAACAAACGGAUAUUUCAGAAGAAACGUGCCAAGGAUAUUUCUCAAUCAUGAGUUGUAAUUGGCGUGAGAUCUCGCCAGUCAUUUCCAUUAUUGUUUUGUAUCUUCUUGUUUCUUCUUCAGUUUCUCCUGCUUAUUCUUUGGAAACCGUCUAUCAACAACAUGCAACUUCAACCGACAAUCAAACUCUCCGUCCACAGCAAGAGCUACACAAGUUGAAGAUUAUCAGAGCUCAUCUCAAUAAACUCAACAAGCCUGCCCUCAAAACAAUUCAGAGUCCGGAUGGUGAUAUUAUAGACUGUGUUGAAUCUCAUCUUCAACCAGCUUUUGAUCAUCCUAAAUUGAAAGGAAAGAGGCCAUUGGAUCCACCAGCGAGACCCAGUAGCCAUAAUCCAACUGGUACGGUGACUGAAGAUUUUCAGUUGUGGAGUAUGUCUGGUGAAUCAUGUCCGGAAGGAACAGUUCCAAUCAGAAGAACAACGGAACAGGACAUGUUAAGAGCCAGUUCCUUUCGAAGAUUUGGGAGAAAAUUAAGAGGACAUAUUAGAAGAGACACAAACAGCAAUGGCCAUGAGCAUGCAGUAGGAUAUGUGACUGGAGAUCAAUACUACGGAGCAAAAGCUAGUAUCAAUGUGUGGGCACCAAGGGUGGCUAAUCAGUAUGAAUUUAGCUUAUCACAGAUGUGGGUAAUCUCGGGCUCAUUUGGAGAUGACCUUAACACCAUUGAAGCUGGUUGGCAGGUAAGUCCAGAGCUGUACGGUGACAACUAUCCCAGGUUCUUCACUUACUGGACAAGCGAUGCUUAUCAAGCAACCGGGUGCUACAAUUUGCUCUGCUCGGGCUUCGUGCAGACUAAUAAUAGGAUUGCAAUUGGGGCUGCAAUCUCUCCAACAUCAUCAUAUAAUGGUGGUCAAUUUGACAUUAGUUUGCUGGUUUGGAAGGAUCCAAAGCAUGGGAACUGGUGGCUCGAAUUCGGAUCCGGGAUUCUAGUCGGGUACUGGCCAUCCUUCUUGUUUACUCACCUUAGAGAUCAUGCAAGCAUGGUACAAUUUGGAGGAGAAAUUGUCAAUUCCAGGAUAAAUGGGCAUACAUCAACACAAAUGGGCAGUGGACAUUUUGCGGAAGAAGGAUUUGGAAAAGCAUCAUAUUUUAGAAAUUUGCAAGUUGUUGAUUGGGAUAAUAAUUUAAUCCCAUUAUCAAAUCUAAGAGUCCUGGCUGAUCACCCCAAUUGCUAUGAUAUUCAAGGAGGAAUUAAUAGAGUUUGGGGUAAUUAUUUUUACUAUGGUGGACCUGGAAGAAAUGUUAGAUGUCCCUAAUGGGAUAAAUAAUAAGUAUAGGGUGGGAAGGUUUUUCUCUUUUUAAUUUUAUUUUUAAUAUAUAUUCUUUUUUUUUCC